GCCGAGCAGUGCGCCGCUGCCGCGUAGCCCGUCCGAGCACGACACACAGCACCCUCUCCUCCUCCUCCUCUUCCGCCCGCUAUAAUAAACUCUCCUUCACCAACCACGCCCACCGCUCAGCCUCACUCUCGCGCGCACACGCACUCGCACUGACACCACCACCACCACCACCACCGGUGGCAAGGCAAGCUGUUGGAGCUGGGGCUGGCCAUGGCGGCGAUGAAGAUGGCGGUGGCGGUGGCGGUGGCGGUGGCGAUGGUGGUGGGGGUGGGGGUGGUGAGGGGGGACAUGAGCGCGGACAGGACGGAGUGCGCGGACCAGCUGGUGGGGCUGGCGCCGUGCCUGCAGUACGUGCAGGGGGAGGCGAAGGCGCCGGCGCCGGACUGCUGCGGCGGGCUCCGGCAGGUGCUGGGGAAGAGCCCCAAGUGCCUGUGCGUGCUGGUCAAGGACAAGGACGACCCCAACCUGGGCAUCAAGAUCAACGCCACCCUCGCCCUCGCCCUCCCCUCCGCCUGCGGCGCCACCCACGCCAAUGUCUCCCACUGCCCCCAGCUCCUGCACAUUCCUCCCAACUCGAAAGACGCCGCCAUCUUCAGCCCCGGCGGCGACAAGGGUUCCCCUGCAGGUCCAGUAGCUAAUGACAACUCGACGGCGGCGACCAACUCGCGUGCGCAGCAGGCGACCAACGGCGGCAGCCUCUCCUCGGCGGCGACCACCGGCGCUGCACUGACGGCUUUGCUGGUCGGCUACUUCCUCCUGCUCCUGCCGGAUUUCUCGGCUCCGUCCUUCUAGGUCACUGCCCACAUCUCGUGCGUCUCUGCAGCUACCGAUCGAAAACACAAAGAACACAGGAUUAAAAUGGACAAUGCCUGAUGAAACUGAAUGUACGAUGCAUGUUGUGUGGCAUGUGACAGAUAGUGAUUUGUUGCCGUCUUCUGUGUACUGUAAUGUUCAAUUCUGCUAUGUGUCUUCUAUCUGCUGUGUUCUGGAUUCUGGAUCAUGGAUGUGUUUGCUAGC